UUUACACUGUCAAUCACUGUCAAUGUCAUUCUAUUUCUUGAAAUGUUUGUUGUUGAAUAAUUUUUCGGUAUUUGAGAGAAAAGAUAAAGAAAAGUGAUCAAAAUGACCGGCCACGUUUCUAUUAGACUAGCAUCCGAACGAGUUAAUCAUUGUGUUGCUUCCAGUAAUGAGUUGCCUAGAUUUUAUACACCUGGAGAGGUUAUAACGGGCAUGCAAGACUUUAUGCGUGGUCAUGGAACUUAUGCUGAAGAUGAUUCUCUGAAGGCUUCCGUAGCGGGUGUGAUGCAAAAAGUUAACAAGUUGAUUUGCAUUCGUCCGUUGAAGAGUCGAUAUGUGGGUGAAAUAGGAGAUGUGGUGGUGGGCAGGGUUCUUGAAGUACAGCAGCGACGGUGGAAGAUCGAGACUAACUCCAGACUUGACUCAGUUCUCCAGUUAUCAGCUGUCAAUCUACCUGGUGGUGAAUUGCGCCGGAGAUCAGCUGAAGAUGAACAGAUGAUGAGGAAACACUUGCAGGAAGGUGAUCUCAUCAGCGCAGAGGUCCAGAGUGUGUUCUCUGAUGGGUCUUUGUCAUUACAUACCCGAAGCUUAAAGUAUGGAAAGCUGUCACAAGGCACAUUGAUAAAAGUGUUCCCAUCAUUGGUAAAGAGGAGGAAAAAUCAUUUUCACAAUCUACCUUGUGGUGUAUCAAUUAUCAUUGGUAAUAAUGGCUUUAUUUGGAUAAGCCCACUAAAACAUGAUGUUAUACCUGAAGGAAAUAAAGAUGAAAUUGCUGAUUAUGAAUUACAGCCUGUGGAUAGGUCAGAUAGAGAAGCAAUGGCCAGAGUGAAGAACUGCAUUGCAGCUUUGGUUGCAUCCAAGAUGAUGCUGGAUGAUACUAGUAUAAUGUUUGCUUAUGAAGAAAGCCUGAAAUAUGAUGCAGUGAAAGAUCUGCUGGAUCCUGAAGCAAUGUUAGAUAUUGCCUUUUUAACACAGCAUAGAAUAAACAAUAUAAUGGAAGACUAACAAUUUGUUUAAGUUAUCAAAGUUCCAAAUGCAGCAUAGUACCAGGUAAGUUAAAAUUCUUUUUUAUCAGCGCAUUGAUUUUAUUAUAACAAAAGUACUUAUAAAUUGCCAAACAUGAAAA